AUGGCGGAGGACCUGCCAAGGUUGUCACCUCAAUCUGCUCUGAAGAUGGACCAGUGGAAGACGGCGGCGACGACACAUUUCUUGGCGUACGAGGGCGCGGCGGAGGCGGAUACGUGGGGCCUGGCAAAGACGGCCGUGCUCAUCGGCAUCAACCUCGCCGACGACGCCAUCUUCGACCUCACCCACGGGAAGAUCCUCCCAGAGCCCAAGGACAAGAAGGCCGAGGCGGCCAUGGACGCGUGCGUGAAGGCGUACGACAAGGUGGGCCUGGCCUUCGCGGAGGCUUCCGACGAGCUCAGGGCGCGCCGGUACCCGGCGGCCAAGGAGGAGAUGGCGAGCGUCGCGCCGCUCCUGCAGCGGUGCGACGGCGGGCUCGUCAAGGUCGGGCUCCCGUCGCCGCUGCCCAGGUACAGCGCCGACUGCCUGCAGACGACCAUCAUUGGCAUCGCCAUAACCAACCUCGUCAAGUGA